UAUAUUAGGAGCAGUAUAUUCUGGUUGAUGUGAAAUUUUAAAUCAUAACCAUAUGGCAACAUCUUUAUUAUGUGUAUUUUUUAUUUUAUUCAUACCUAAAUCGAUUUUCGCUUCCAAAGAUAUAUAUUGUUAUGAAUGUGCGUCAAGUGCAAAAUCGAGUUCAUCUAUAGAUCCUGGUUGUCAGAAUUUUGAAUCAUGUUGUAAAGAUCCUUUUAUAACAAAAAAUUCUGUGUCUAAGUCCUUAAUUAAAAAAUGUUCUACAGGAGUUUGCCUGAAAACUACAUAUCAUUGGGGAUAUAAAUAUAGAAAUGAUACUUAUUUUGAAAGAAAAUGCUUUGAUCCUACCUAUAUAGCUUUGCUGUUUACCCCUGAGAUUAAUAAAGAUAAUAAGAUGCCAACAAUUUAUCAAGAUGCUAGAAGUGAAGAGGCAAAAUUGGAGUUAAGGGACAUGAAAUGUGUUGACAUAGUCCGCCAAACACCUACAGGAAAAGCUUACAUAAACGUGUGCUCUUGUAAAACGGACCAUUGUAAUUCGGCUCCUUCCACUCGUAUAAAAUGGGCGAUAACCUUCUCAUUUUUUGCCAUUUUUAUAUGUUCUAGGACAUUAUUUUUUUGAAAAAAAUUAUCAUAUUUUUUUAAAUGAAUAUAUAUUUUAAAUCAAUUCAAAUUUAUAAAUAUUUUUACAUACUUCAAUCACCUUUACAUUUUAAACUAAUUUAAAAGCAAUUAUGUGAUUUAACAUAUAUAUUGAGAAGAAGAAAAUCUGAAAUAUUUUUUAUCCUUUAUUUCCCCUAAGUUUUUUUAAAUUUGACUUUUAUUGAAUUUCAAAAAAUAUUUUUUUUAAAAAAAAAUUUGACACAUGCAAAUUAAAUAAUAAAUAUUUUAAAAUAUUAUUUUCAACCUUUAAAAAAACAUGUAUAUAUAUAAUUUUUUAAAGAAUUCUUUCUAAAAUUUAAAAUAAUCGUUUUAAUUGUCGGGUAAUCUUGAAAACAAAAACGUUCGUAUAUCAAGGCAAAGUUUUAAAUAAUUAUUGAUUAUUGGAAUUAGCAUAUUCAAACUCAAUAGAAAAUAUCGCAUUUAUACUUCAUCCGAUGAAAAACAAAAUUCUCCCAAAAAUAUUUAAUAUCUUCCUUUUUUUCAUUUAAGUUCUAAUUUUCAAAAUUAUAUAUAUAUAUUUUUUUUAACAAAUCAUGAAAACACCUUUAUUUUAAAUUAUUACAUUUUCUUACCUUUAUUUUUAUAUUGAACUUAUUUAUUAUGUAAUUUAAUAUUUUAUUAUAUAUUAAAAUGGCACAAAUUCGCGUGUUUAUUUUAUAAGAUGUUUGAAAAAUUAUUUUUUGCCUUCAAAUCAAUAAUAAAGU